GAGAGAGCGACAGACCAGGAGGAGAGUGGAAUGAGAGAGCAGCACAUUGUUCACACUCCACUCAAGACACUGAUCUGCGUUUAAACCAGGGAAAAACAACAAGGGAACACAUUUAAGAUAACGAGUUUGAUUACUUUGGCAGAAUGUCAGCUUACAACUGCUCUUUUGAUCUAAUGGCUGAAAAAGAUGGCUGGCUUUGUCCUCCUGGGGAAAAGUGUGUCAAUUUGUCCUCUGGCAUAAACAGAAGCCACAUUGAUCUGGAUGAUGCAUGUCUGACAGAGGAAGAGUACCUGGAGAAAUAUCUGGGGCCUCGUCGAUCAUCUGUGUUCCUUCCCAUCUGCCACAUCUACUUGGUCAUCUUCCUGGUAGGUAUGGUGGGGAAUGUGCUGACAUGCACUGUCAUUGCACGCAACAAAGUGAUGUGGACGCCAACAAACUACUACUUGUUCAGCCUGGCGGUGUCAGACCUGCUGGUGCUGUUGCUCGGCAUGCCAUUAGAGCUGUAUGAGCUGUGGCAGAACUACCCCUUCCUCCUGGGGAAGGGCGGCUGCUACUUCAAAACGUUUAUAUUCGAGACUGUUUGCUUGGCGUCUAUCCUCAACGUGACAGCGCUGAGCGUGGAGCGCUACAUUGCUGUGGUUCACCCGCUACGAGCAAAGUACGUUGUAACACGCACCCAUGCCAAGCGGGUCAUACUUACAGUGUGGGGUGUGUCGGUGUUGUGUGCUUUGCCGAACACAAGUCUGCAUGGGAUCACCGUCCUUCACAGUCGCUCUACUAGCCCUGCUGGUAACAUAACCGUGGAGAUCCCUGACUCAGUGAUCUGUACGUUGGUAAAACCGCGCUGGAUUUACAACCUGACCAUCCAGGUGACCACCUUGCUAUUUUUCAUGCUGCCCAUGCUCACCAUCAGCGCUCUCUACAUGCUUAUCGGGUUGCAGCUGAAGCGAGAGAAGAUGCGUCAGACACUGGAGGCGAAGACGGGCUUUGGACAGGACAGCUUCUGUAGCGUCAGAUCACAGCAGCAGAAGGCACGUCGCCGGCAGGUCACUAAAAUGUUGUUCGUUUUAGUGGUGGUAUUUGGGAUCUGCUGGGCCCCGUUUCACACUGACCGUCUCAUGUGGAGUUUUAUCAUUGACUGGACUGACUACCACAUAGAAAUCUUUCAGUACGUGCACAUCAUCUCCGGGGUGUUUUUCUACCUUAGCUCAGCAGUCAACCCAAUCCUGUACAACCUCAUGUCAACACGCUUUAGAGAAAUGUUCAAAGAGGUUAUGUGCCAUCGGCCACAUCACAUCACUCCCAGAAAACACUCGCUCAGUGUCACCCGGGUGACACUCCGCAGCACCCUGAGUGAUGUGCCGCUUAGCAACGGAGCUGCUGUUGUUGAAGUCGAGGCAGAAAUGGAGAUGUGAGAAUGAAAAAUUAAACCUGUUUUUCGUGUUAAAAACAUCAAGGGUAUGUGAAGGGUAUAUAUUGUAUUGUUGGUAGUAUGGCAUGGUGUUUCGAAAGACCAUGCCCAUGCAUCCAUCAACUAUCAUCGACAUCCACAUUAAACAGUAGCAUCAGCUAAAUACCUAAAAUAGUGGAAGAAGUGCAGAAAAAGCUGAAGCUGUCAGACUGGAGUUUAAGGCCCUGACACACCAACCCGACGCAUGCGCGAGACGUAAUACGUCUCCAUAACAGCAG